UGAUGUACUAAAGACGGAAUUAGCGCAUAAAAUUGAACUAAAGAUAUACAUGGGUUUUGUCAUACCGUUUCAGUGCAACAAACCGACUUCCAAAAGGCUAUUUAACUCAACUGACUAAGAAGGUAAUCUGGAAGUCAGAUGUGAAAAUGGCCAUGUUUGAGACAGUACCAGUGGUGGAUGUUCACAAAGACAAUUUCAAAGAGAUAUGGCCAUCAUUGUUGUUGUCAGUAAAAACUUCCACAUACAUUGCCAUGGAUACAGAGCUGAGUGGAUUAGGAAAUCGAAAAUCCUUAGUUGCCAAAUCUAUAGAGGAUCGCUAUAAAAGCAUCGCCAACAGUGCCAAGUCUCGUUCGAUACUCUCUCUUGGUAUCUCUUGUUUCAAACUGACUAAUGUGGCAAAAAAUGGCAUGUGUACAGACUCUGGGCAGGAGGCCUCAGGAGUGCCACCAAGGGGUGAGGGGUCUGGAGGGUGUAAAUGGAGGUUUUUGGUGCAGACAUACAAUAUCACAACACUAUGUGAGGAAGAUUAUGUUGUGGAGCCAGGCUCUUUGAAGUUUCUUGUUGAACAUGGAUUUGAUUUCAAUCGACAGUAUGAAAAAGGAGUACCUUACUGUAGGGGAAAUGAUAAGAUUGACACUAAAGCAGACAGUAUGUCACUACGUCAACUUUUUAUGGAGAUUCUUGGAGCAGCAUGUCCUGUCAUCUUUCACAAUGCUCUGAUGGACUUGGUGUUUCUGUACGAAAACCUGUAUGCCAGCACACCACCUAACAUGGCAGCUUUCCUAGCUGAUUUGACAGAAAUGUUUCCAGCGGGUAUCUUUGAUACAAAGUACAUAACAGACUUCAAGCACAAGAUGCCAGCCUCCUAUUUGGAAUAUGUUUUUAGGAAAAGUUUGAGAACCAAUAAGGAGUUUUCAUUAUUGGGUAAAAAGCAUGCCUGGGUAGAAUUUCCCACCUAUCCUGCUGGGUUUUCUCACAUCACUCAAUGUAAUUGUGAACGUCCUGGGACAGCUAUCCCCUCCAACAUUGACAAGGACACACAGGACAAACUAAAGGCUACCGUCUGUGACAGUUAUGCUGGCCAUGGAUGGUGCAGUCGUGGCAACAGUUGUGUCAAAUCCCAUGAUGUUGAUCUUAUUCUAGAUAUUGAUUUUCUUGCCCAGUCAAAGAAAAGUCGUAAACGUAAACGUCGCAGAGAAAACCAGAAAACAGAUGGAGAAAAUGAAGGUUUUACAGAACCGGAUGAAGAACAGGAAAUGGACUCUAGCAUUGCUAACAUGUCAAUUGUUGCAAAGGAGACAUCUGAAGUUGGUGAAAGUGACACUACAAAAAACUGUGACAUUGGUGCAUUAAUUCCCUCUGUUACCAUAGGAACACUUAAAGGGCCAGUUGUCUCUGGGAAACAUAGGGCAGGGUUUGAUGCAUUCAUGACAGGCUAUAUCAUGGCAAGCUAUGUCUCUGAAUAUGGUACACAUAAAGACAGUUUGAAGUUAGCAGAUGUAGGCUUAAACGAAAUCAAAAACCUUGUAUAUUUAACAGGAAAAGAUAUUGCUUUAUCUGUUGUUAAAAGUGGCUUUACAAAAACAUCUAAAGAUCAUCGAGAGAAAUUCUCAAAGUUUUCUCAUAUUUUAUCUUAGUUUUGGGAAUACGUUAGGCCAUGAUCUUUUUACUGGUAAUUUUUUAGCAAUUUAUUCAAAUAAGAUUGUAAAGAUACAGGUCAGUGGUAGGACUGGAGGUGUUUAUGAGAUUAAGAAAAUGUAAUGCACAACAAAUGGUUAAUUUGGAAAGGUCAUUAGUCCCCACUCGAUAUAUAUCAGACAGUGCGAAAAAUAAUCAGUGAAUCCACUAUCCGCUGCACUCUGUCCAUACGUACAUGCAUCUCUCUGGCCAUCCAUUUGUCCUCGCGUAUCUCAGAUACUCUUUUAGUCUACAAACUUUGCAUGUGUGAUGUACUUGGGAUAUCUAAUUGUAAUUUAAGAAAUUAUUUUUUUAUCCAGCAAUAAGCCCAUUCAUCCAUCUAUUGCUCUUUCAAUAUAACACCUUUACCCAACUCAGUAAUAAGCCCACCCAAUUCUUUUGAAGCAGGGUCUGUGUCGGACAGAUGGCUUAUUGCAGGAGGUCUUGGUGGACUUCAAAUUAUAAGACAACACAUAUUUAUGUUUUGAAUGUUUUUAUUAACUGAUGUCUUAAUGUCAUAUGUGAACAAUUUGAAACAAUUAAACUGAAACAAGA